GGGGGCAGUUGGCAGGUGGGGAUCAAAGGCAGCUUCCCACAUAUUCCAAACAGCCUUCCAAACAGUAAGGCAUCAACGGCAGCUGCCUUCCAAACAGUGAGGCCCCAACGGCAGCUUGCUACACAUCCAGUGGCACUUUCUGUUGACACCGGAAGUGCCUCCACGGAGCUCCCGCUGCCACGAUCUGAGCCUGCUCCCGCUGCACCAUCGCGUGCCCGAUCACUCGUGGGAGAAAUGACACUUUUCUCCCCGCGAAUCGACAUCGAGGCCUCGUGUUUAAAAGGUUUUUAUCCGUGAGUUCCGGUUCGUUCCUGUCCUGCUCUCCAGCCGCGAACAGGCUCCUGACGCUCCAGGGCAAAGAUGGCGGAAGACGAGAAGAGUGGCGAGCCAGCGACAGACAAUAACGAGCUGCAGGUUUUCAAGGAGCUUGUGGAUGAACUGUAUAACUUUAGAGACUGCUAUUUUGAGACUCACAGCGUGGAGGAAGCCGGACGGAAGCAAAGCGAUGUCGCGCAGGAAAUGGAGAAGACGCUGAAGAAGCUGCAAGAGAAAGAAGAUGUCUACGAACACAAAGUAGAGUUUCUGCUGCAGAAGGGCAGGUGUCUGAACGUAGCUCCAGACUUCAGCGCCGUGGCAGAGAAGUGUCUUUCCCGGGCUGUGAAGCUGGAGCCUGGCCUGGUUGAUGGCUGGAACACAUUGGGGGAGCAGUACUGGAAAAAAGGAGACUUGACUGGUUCUAAAAACUGCUUCACGGGAGCAUUGCAGCAGAGCAAGAACAAAGUGUCUCUACGUAACCUGUCCAUGGUGCUGAGGCAGCUGCCAGCGGCGAACAGCGACGCACAUAGCAAACAGGUUAUGGAGAGUGUGGACAUGGCCCGACUAGCUGUCCAACUAGAUGUCACAGACGGGACGUCCUGGUAUAUCCUGGGAAAUGCCUACGUGUCCCUGUUUUUCAACUGUGGACAGAAUCCUCAGUUGUCUCAGCAAGCUCUUAGUGCCUAUGCUCAAUCUGAGAAAGUGGACAGAGCUGCCUGUUGUUACCCGGAGCUGCAUUUCAACCGAGCCACACUAUUCCAGUACGAGGAGAUGUUCGGGUGUGCGCUUGAAGGCUACAGCCGAGCGGCAGCACUUGACCCGGGCUGGGAGGAUCCUCCGGAGAAAGAGAAGACGCUGCUGGAGUAUCUGGAGAAAGUCACAGAACUCGUACAGAAAAAGGGGACGGUAAAGGCACGUCGGUUAAGGAACAUGCUCUCUAACCUCAACACGUCGGCUUUGGGUCCCUGCUCCUCCCCUCAGUUCCGUUCCCCCGCAGGCCGUGUGGGCAGCCUGGAGCCUCGGACUCUUUCCUCCCUCUCCCACGGCCACAACGCUGGAGUGGCCACCUUGGGCAAGGUGGUGUUCAGCCUGGCCUCUGAGGGUCGCAUGUCAUUUGCAUUCGGUAUGGUGGACAGCGAGGAGACAUGUAUGGUGGUGAUGGUUUACAACACAGCGAACAGCUGGGGUGUGUUGAUAGGAGACAGCGUAGUCAUUCCUGAACCUCAGCUCAAACGACACAGUAUAACACAUAAAGACAAGUCGUUUGACUUCAGAAGUAUACGAGUGGACUCGCCUCUGCUACUCAUCGUCAACGGAAAGAAACAAAACGUCAACAGUCAGAUCGCUGCCUCCGUCAGCUACAAGCCUCAGUGUGAAUAAGCCGAGCAAGAAGCGAGAGGACCAAACCUUUUUUUUUCUUCUUCUUUUUGCUGGAAAAGCAAGAACAUUCUGGAUAUUUAUGGAAGUUUGAAGUUUCCAAAGUUUGUGCCUGUUUAGUGUUUUUUUUUAUUAUGUAAGUUUCACAUGGUCUUUAGAGACAACUUGUUUAUAUUUAUAAAUAUUUCUCUUUUUUUUUUGUAUUCUGUUGCGCAGACGUGGAGUUGAUUUUCUAAAUGAAUGAACCUGUGAUGACGACAAUGUGAUGUCAGAGUUAUGACUUAAGUUUAUCUUAAAAUUCUUUGGGUUUAGCUCAACCAGUUUACCUGCCACUUUGGUGCUGAGCCGUUACAAACUUCACAAUUCACACAAUUAACUGUAGUUAUUCAGAAACGUCAAUACAAGCAAGUGAAGGAAAUGUUUAUGUUGACCUUAUUUCAUGUCACCUUACAGUACAUGCUUGUCUGUGUAUAACUAUGAACAUGAACUGUCUACUGCAAGAAAAUACAAAUGGCCAAUUGAAAGACACUGGCAGGCUGGAGGUGCUCAGUGAAAAGACUGUUAAUAUUGUAUUUUAAUGACUUCCACUGGACUUGUCACAUAAGGACAGACCUUAAAGUGAAUCUAGAAUAUUAACCCAACAUUUGUUAUUGUCCAAAACCACAUCUCAGGCUUAAAAACCAUCACAAAAAAGUACCUGAGGCAAAAAACUUGAAUUAACAUUAAACCACAACAAUUUGGUGACGAGAGUAAUGGCAGUUAUGAAACCUGCUCCUCUCAGUGCUUCUUGAUGAAUGGCCGGCCUCGCUCCCUGGUAGGGGAGCUGAACUGGAAGAAAGUCUUGGUUCCUUCGGCCUCCAGGCAGGAGAAGAAUCGACUGUCCACAUCAGGGCCCAUGAAGUGGAACUCGGGGCUUCUCUGGGGAGACGCUGCUCGAGCCGUCCCUGGGUGACACACAGCAGGUUAAAGGGAUUGUCUUUCAUUGUUGCACCGACUAAAAUUCCCUGACAUAGACAAUCAGCUCAUUACUCCCACGGUUCUUCCUUCACGACCUCCUCUCGACAAAACACCUACAGCUGUGUCUUCCUUUGUGCCAGUUAACAUUAUUCUUGCUGAGCUUCCUUCCUUUUCUCAUCCAUCAGCAUGGGCACAAUGCGACAAGUGACUUUAUAAAUGCAUUCAAAGUUUUUUUUCCACAUCUGUAUUGGAUGAAGUUUAUUUGUUAUUCUCUACCGGACACACUGUUUCGUAGUGCAACUGACAGCUUCUUUAAUUUUCAGGAAUUAAUAAAUAUGUCCUUUAGCCAAUAAAACCACCAGAAACUGGAUCACUUUC